AAUGCGUAAGAGGUCUGGAUUCGUCAAAGAAAGGUCUUCCCAGAAUCCAUACGAUUCCCUUCUUCCUCCUCCUCCUCCCCGGAUCUUCCUCCCUCCGAUCCACUUCCUUUCCCUCCUCCCUAGCUUCAAUGGUUUCCUGAUUUCAAGGUAACACUUAGCUUCUGCAGUCUCAGAUCCACCAUUAGUCUAUGGAAGAGGAAAGCUGUUAGAGAGUUUGUUAUUUUCUUCAGUCAUAAAACUUUGGAAGAGUUUUAGUUGUUAUUAGUUAGUUAGAGAGAAAUGGAUGAAGAGGCAUCUUCUUGGAUUAGGAGAACAAAGUUCUCUCAAACUGUUUCUUACCGUCUCAACUCCCCAAAGUUAUCAUCUUUCCCUCUAAACACUUCUCCCCUCACAACAAAACCUGUUCCAACUAACUCACAAACCAUUACAACUCAAGAUUCCACUACUACCCAAGUUGUUGACUCCCAAGUACAGACACACCCUGUAACCAACAAACAGAGGUCUGUCUCCCCUUCACCUCAGACAGCGCCACUUCCCGAUGUCUUCAAGGAAGCUAGGUCUGAGCGUAAGAGGUUCUCUACUCCCCACCCGAGAAGAAUGGACUCUGAGAAGGGGAUGAAGCCUAAGCUAUCCCAUAAAAACUCUUUUGACAAGAGAAGAUCGUUCAACUUACGGUCCCCGUCGGUUCCUAUCAGAGAUCUAAGCACACUGAGGAUUCAGGAGAGGGUGAAGAGCAAGAAGGAUGCCGGAUGGUCUAAGAUUUUCGAUAAUACGGGGCGUAAAGUGAGUGCUGACGAUGCUGCUGAAGAGUAUCGUAUUGAUAUGUCGAAGCUUUUCUUUGGGGUGAGGUUUGCUCAUGGGUUGUAUAGCAGACUGUACCAUGGGAAGUAUGAAGAUAAAGCUGUUGCUGUGAAGCUUAUCACUGUACCUGAGGAUGAUGAGAAUGGAUGUUUGGGAGCACGUUUAGAGAAACAGUUUACUAAGGAAGUCACACUUUUGUCGCGGUUGUCCCAUCCGAAUGUUAUCAAGUUUGUGGGAGCGUAUAAAGAUCCGCCUGCAUAUUGUGUCCUCACAGAGUAUUUACCUCAAGGAUGUCUAAGAUCUUUUCUGAACAAGCCUGAGAAUAGGUCUCUUUCUUUGAAAAAGCUGAUAGACUUUGCUCUGGAUAUUGCAAGAGGAAUGGAGUAUAUUCACUCUCAACACAUUAUUCAUCGGGAUCUUAAGCCAGAAAAUGUAUUGAUCGACGAAGACUUCCAAUUAAAGAUUGCUGACUUUGGCAUAGCUUGUGAGGAGGAGUACUGUGACAUGCUGGCUGAUGAUCCAGGGACUUAUAGGUGGAUGGCACCUGAAAUGAUAAAAAGGAAACCACAUGGGCGAAAGGCUGAUGUUUACAGCUUUGGACUCGUUCUAUGGGAAAUGAUAGCUGGAGCUAUUCCUUAUGAGGACAUGAAUCCUAUUCAAGCUGCUUUUGCAGUUGUACACAAGAACAUUAGGCCAGCUAUCCCUGAAGAUUGCCCAGGGGCCAUGAAAGCUCUGAUUGAGCAGUGUUGGUCGGUUGCACCGGACAAGAGACCGGAGUUCUGGCAGAUAGUGAAAGUACUUGAACAGUUUAGGGUUUCACUGGAACGUGAAGGGAGCUUGAAUCUGACAUCAAACAAGAUCUGCAAGGAUCCAAGAAAGAGUCUGAAACAUUGGAUUAAGAAGCUUGGACCGCAAGGAGGAGGAUCAGCAGGAGGAGGCAGCAGCAGCAGCGGCCUUGGUCGCUCUGCCUUGCCUACCCCUAAAUUCGCUUGAGAGAUGUGAUGUCUCUCUUCUGUAUAUUUAUAUAUAAAAUACUCCCAAAAAGGGUUCUACGUUGUGUCCUGUCCUGGCUUUGUGGGUUGUGAUGUAAUCUUUCAUCUUCUUCUCUAGAUUUGUUGUGUAAUGACAAUCAAACUGGGGACUGGUUUGUGAUUUGGUGUUUAUGAGUUUCAUUAACGUUACUCUACUAGUCGCACAAAAUACUGUUAAACUCUAUCCAUCUCUUCUCACCAUUUAUAUAAUAAGAAGAAGACGUUCAUAGUGUUCA